GGCGGCCGGUCUCUUCGGCGGCGGGCGGCGACGGAGGCGGAUCGUGCGCGUGUUAUUUCUGUUAAUUUUAUUUUCUCCCCCCCCUUUCUCGGUGUGACUCGGUCACGGUAUAACCGUCAAGACGGCGCCCUCGUACGAAAGAGACAUGGAGGACUCUCAGGAGCCUGAACAGUUGCGGAAACUGUUCAUUGGUGGCUUGAGCUUUGAAACGACAGAUGACAGUCUACGGAACCACUUUGAACAAUGGGGCCGGCUGACGGACUGUGUGGUGAUGAGAGACCCCACUACAAAACGCUCCAGGGGCUUUGGGUUUGUGACCUAUUCGUGUGUCUCGGAGGUGGACGGUGCAAUGUCAGCAAGGCCUCACAAGGUUGAUGGACGUGUUGUGGAACCUAAACGGGCUGUAUCGAGAGAGGACUCCACCCGGCCUGGAGCGCACCUGACUGUGAAGAAGAUCUUUGUGGGCGGCAUCAAGGAAGACACAGAAGAACAUCAUCUUCGGGAUUACUUUGAGAAAUUUGGCAAGAUCGAGGUGAUUGAAGUCAUGACAGACCGCCAGAGUGGGAAGAAGAGGGGGUUCGCCUUCAUUACGUUUGAUGACCAUGAUGCUGUUGACAAGAUUGUUGUUCAGAAGUACCACACAGUGAAUGGACACAACUGUGAAGUUAGGAAGGCCCUUUCCCGUGAAGAGAUGCAGAACUCUGGCAUGAACCAGCGAGGGCGAGGAAGCUCUGGCAACUUUGGUCGAGGCAACUUUGGCAACUCUGGUAACUUUGGUCGUGGUGGUGGAGGAGGAGGCAACUUCGGUAACAGAGGUGGAUUUGGUGGUUCCAGAGGUGGUGGUGGCAACUAUGGAGGCUGCGGUGAUGGCUACAAUGGUUUUGGUGAUGGUGGUGGAUACGGUGGUGGCGGUGGCUUUGGUGGUGGUGGUGGCCGUGGAGGUCCAGGCUAUGGUGGCAGCCCAACAUAUGGCAACCAGGGUGGUGGCGGAUAUGGCGGUGGUGGAGGCAGCGGCAGUGGAUAUGACGGCUAUGGCGGUGGAUUUGGUGGCAACUUUGGAGGUGGUGGUGGCGGCGGCGGCAACUACAAUGACUUUGGCAACUAUCCAAAUCAGCAGUCGUCCAACUAUGGGCCAAUGAAGGGAGGUGGAGGCGGUGGCUAUGGUGGUAGGAGCUCAGCACCUUAUGGAGGUAACUAUGGCUCCGGAGGAGGGGGUGGAGGAUCCUACAGUCGGCGGUUCUAAAGCCAGGAACACAGUACUUAGCAGGCGAGGAUGAGCCAGGAGAUUGUAACAGGGAGACAGCAGGUUACUACAAUACAAAUCUCAGCCAAGCACAGGGCACAACUGCUACCGGAAGAGAAGCAAAUGUCUUUUUAGUCAGAAAAGUCAGUGUUUGAACUCAUGAACUUUGAAAGGAAUAAAAAUUUAAAACCCACAUGCAUGUAUAUCUGCGUAAGGACUGUAAUUGAUAUUUUGAUAAACUGUUGAACAGGUUAUUUUAUAGUUGUGACUUACCCCUUCCCCCCCUGGAAGUGUACAAUGAACAUUCCAGUGAGUUUUUAUUAGAAUUGUUUUUGAUUUUAAUGCUCCAGUUUAAGUGAUAUAAAUGUAUUAGUUGUGAUCAUGACUAAGAAUAAAGAUACUUUCCAUUUA